ACGGCUGCUUCACCCAUACAUCGACUCGACAAAAUGCCACCAACAGACGCAGUGUCCGUGUUCGCGGAGGGCACAUUCCAGGAGCAGGUUCGCGAGCUUGUGGACUACAUUGCGCGCACUCGUCCCGAGGAGGAACGCCCGCUUUUUGUGCAGCCUUUCGCCGAUCUUCUCGAAACCGCUGAAGGACAGAAGCCGAUCGAGGAAGAUGAGCCUCGACGGGCGAAAGUGUUCACUGCAGUGUUGGGAGAGGUGAAGGGCUUGGGAGAUGGCUCAGACAAGGAGAUUGAAGGAUUCUUCAACCUCCUCUUCUCACAUUUUGUCACUCUGCUUCCUCUCGAUACUCCCGAGACCAAAGACCACCUAGCGGCCCUGCUUGAGACCGUCGCUGCUGCUGACCACCAAACAUUUGUGAAGUACCGAAUACUCUCCAAUAUUGUCAACGCACUUCCUCGCCGAUCGAGUCUACGGUUACCUGUUCACAACACCCUCCUUCAACUUGCCGGAGACCAGGACGAGAUCGAACUUCUCAAUCUCACUCGCUCAGACGUGGAGAAGUGGGUAUCGGAAUGGGAUGUACCCUCAGAAGACAAGAGCAGCUUCCUGCAGCUCGUCUCUGCGUCCUUUGCCAAGUGCGGCCAACUUGCAACCGCAUACGAUUACACGCUUUCUUACGUCCGUUCUCUCCCCUCCGACUCACCUGCAGCACAAGCUGCUGCAGUCGACGCCAUUGCUUCUGCCCUCCGCCUUCCCUCCCUCUUCGACUUCGAUGCGCUCUUCCGGCUAGACGCCGUCGUCGCAGCCCAGAAUCAUGAGCUGUUCUCAUUGCUGAGGAUAUUCAUCAACGAGGGGCUAUCCGAGUUCCAGGCUUGGGCGGAUGGUCACGCAGAUGCUUUCGCUAAAUACAAUCUCGACAAGGCUCUGCUUGAGCACAAGAUUCGUCUACUUGCCCUGACCAGCCUUGCCUUCCAAAACAUUGGGCGCGAGCUACCCUACUCCACCAUCGCCUCCACAGUUCAGAUUGAACCCUCGGCAGUCGAGCGGUGGGUUAUCGACGUCAUCCGUGCUGGCCUUGUCUCUGGUCGCCUCUCGCAAAAGACACAAAUCCUCUACGUAACACGCGCAACCGCACGCUCCUUCGAGCGCCCACAAUGGGAAUUGCUCGAGCAGCGCCUGCACGCAUGGAAAGCCGGCAUCGCAAGCGUCCUCGACGUCGUCGCGGUAGCCCAGCGACGAGGCGGCGCGGAAGCCGUGACAAACGCGAACCCGGCCACCGAGGCACCCGCCGCAGCACCACAAACGGCUGCAGCUGCGGCUUGA